AUGGGGAAACGCCCCACACACGCGUCGGGUCGGGUAAAACGUAAGGCUGAUGGCUCUAUGGAUGUGGAAGACGAUCCGACCUGCUCCAGUGAUGAUUGCAUGAAGACAGCGAAACUUGAGGAGCAUCGUAAGCCGGAUGGCCUCACGGAUAACAGUGAAGAACACGAGAGUAGCAAGGUUGGACGACUCAGACCUCUUUUGGACAUGCCGAUUAAGAUCUUCUGUGAAAUUGCUAGCCACCUAACUCCAUUGGACUUACGCGAACUGGCUGGUUCAUUUAAAGCCUUACGUUUCUGACUUCGAAUUCUUUGAAACCUAUGUGGCAAGCAGCUUGUGAUGCUAUUGGAAUGCCUGAAUGUCCACUGGACCUCAGUGAAAUGCAAUAUGCUAAACUAAUAUUUGGCAAAGGCUGUAACUAUUGUGACAGGCGAGAUUGGGUGCUGUUCCUUCAAUUUAGAUUGCGUCUCUGUUGCCUUUGCCAGGAAGAGAAGUUAGGCAUUUCUACAAUAUAUUGUAUGAAUGCUGAAUUGAUCUUUGGUAGCCUUGUAGAGAAAUAUGUUAUAACCUUGCACCAUGACUAUAACAACGAACUUCUUACAUUACUUCCAAGCGCACCUCCUUAUACGCAAACUUUUACCUGAUCAGAACUCUUUAUUUCAGGCUACUUUGCAAGCUGGAUCAGCAACACGUACUAUGAACAUGCGAAAGCUGCGGCAGUCUGGGCACAAUUAAAAUCUCUCGGUGCCAACUCUUCCGAGCGUGCAGAAUUUGUGGUUGAAAGGCAGCGGAAGGUCGCAAUGAACAGAUUAUGGUCAGAUAAAGUCAAAGCAUGGAUUGAUGAGAAACGGAGGCAAGAGUAAACGUGUGGUGUAGCAUCAAAGAGGAAAGGACAAGCGCUGUGAUAAAGAGACUCGAACUGAUUGGAUACGCAAAACCUGACUUCGACUCUGCUUUUGAUACUGAAAAAACGAAGGAGGACUGGUACGCCCUCCUCGAGAUGACUGAGCCGCUGAACGAACGCAUCUGGAAGAAGUUCUUUCCCGAAUUUCAAGAGAUUAUCCAGAGGAGACGCGAUCGGCGCAAGCUCCUCGAAGAACGCUUUCCUCAUGGGCUAUAUUGCGACUGUGACAACUCUAUCUGAUUAUCCUCGAAACUGCUGGUGCUCUGGAUGCGCUGAAAUAUUAUACAAAUAUGGUGACCCCUACAGAGACGACGAUUGCGAAUGCUCAGUGUGCUUCGACUCGUUGCAGGAAUAUAAAAUAUCCCAAUAUAGAGGCAAGGAUCACGACUCCACUGCUUGCAACAAUGGAGACUCCUGUGAUCAUGAUUGAAGUUGUACCCAUUAGAGAGGGGUGGAAUAAGUAGUAGCAAUAUCCAAUGAACUCUUUGUACACUUUUACUUUUAUCAGGCACUGAGCGUUUCUUUCCUACACAGUUUUCGGCGAAUGCUCUGAUUUUACCUUGAUACAUGUAACAUAUGUAGUUGACCGUUUUCUUGGCCGCUCGAGCUGUGUCAAUUAUGAUGCAGUGUAAUGCAAAUACUUACUCU